CAACACCAGCGACCGAGAGACGACCGGGAGCUGCUGCUGCUGCUGCUGCUUGUGUGCCAUUGAUACACCGCGCCGUGGUACAUUUUUUGUACACGUUCCGUUGAUUCUUUUUUUUUGUUUCUUCUAAAGCAGUGUCGAUCGAAUUUUCGAUCGUUAUUAUUAUUACUUUUUUUUUGUAAUCGACCGAUUUUCCGGAAAGAGACACGAUUUGUGCACGACGGGGAGCCUCUCACUAGGAUAUAGUCACGCGCGCACGAUAACUGAUCGAUCCUACGCUGCUGUACCGACCCGAGAGAGCCGAAGCUGCAUCUCGUUUUACACACAUAAAAAACACACAUAGAGACAUCAUGAGGGCCGCUCAGCUGGCGUUUUUACUACUGUGCUGCUUGGUCGCGGCGACGAGGGCCCAGCGCCGACUCGCUCUACCCGAUCCGAGAUCCUGCAGCAGCCGCGUGAGACACGCGACGUACAGGGACGCUCGGGGCGUGGCGCACUCGUACUUCUUCAGCUGGGAGCACGCGCCGACGAGGAGCCUCGAGGUCGACUGGCUGGACGCCCGAAACAUCUGCCGACGCCACUGCAUGGACGCCGUGUCGCUCGAGACACCCCAGGAGAACGAGUUCAUCAAGGCGAGGAUCGCAAGAGGUAACGUGAGAUACAUCUGGACUUCCGGCCGCAAGUGCAACUUCAACGGCUGCGACAGGCCCGACCUGCAGCCCCAGAACAUCAACGGCUGGUUCUGGUCGGGCUCCGGUGCCAAGAUCGGCCCGACGAAUCAGCGCAACACCGGCGACUGGUCCGCAACGGGCGGCUACGGCACGCCCCAGCCGGACAAUCGCGAGGCCGCCCAGGGCAACGACGAGUCCUGCCUGUCGAUCCUCAACAAUUUCUACAACGACGGCAUCAAGUGGCACGACGUCGCCUGCCACCACGUCAAGCCGUUCGUCUGCGAGGACAGCGACGAGCUGCUCAACUUCGUCGCCUCGAGAAAUCCGGGAAUUCGUCUGUAAACGUUGUCGUUGUUUGUUUGUUUUUUCUUCUUCUCGUAACAUCGCAACAACGGUAUAUAAAUAAUAAAAGGAGAGAGGCAACGAGUUACGUACGAGAAAUUAUCGCGCGAAAUAGAUAUACGUAACGAGAGGUCUUUUUGUUUUAGAGAGAGCUUGAGGAAACGCGAUCACAAUUAGCCGUUCGAGCUUCAUUACCCGGGGGUGUAGCGUAUAGUUAAUUUACUUCUUUUUUUUUUUUUUAUAAUGCUCUUUCUAAGUUAACUUAUACGUAUAUCGAGUUUAAGGCCGAAGAUCUUCUCGCUCGCCGUAGUUUUAUAAUGAUAAUAGCAAAGAAACAAAAGGCAAUUUUAACUUCUCUCUUUUUUCAACGCAAGAAAAUAUGCAGAUAGCGAGUAUGCUCGUCGAUUCAAAUUCUUUCAACUUUUGAGGCAAAUAAAAUAUUAUUAUUAUUAUAAUUGUCGACACGCGAGAAUAUCUUUGAUGGUAGUUAUUCAUUAUUAUUAUUAUAAUUAUUAUCGGCAACAAAUGUAUAACUUUGUAUCGUAAUUUACGAGCCAAGCAAACACGUCGACCUAACUAUUUGUUCAUAAUAUUUAAUUAAAUUAACGAUAAUCCAUAAAUCGUCGUUUGUACGCGGUGACAAAUGUAAUAUUUUAAGCGUAAUUAUGUACAAUAACUUUUACGGAUACUUCAUAUU